UUGAAGUGCAUGGCAUUUGAGUCUCUAACAAUACAUAUUAUUCUUAGAGCAAGUAGUUUCUGCCUGCCUGGUACGUCUCCGUACCCACGGCUAUUUCAAGGUCGUCGAUUUCGUUUUAGCCAUCCAAUUUUUGAUAGUUAUCCAAUUUCCGCAAUACAUCUCAGCGAAUCUGCUAGUACAAAAGAUGGUUAACAAUAAGGGAUCAGCUAGUGGUUUGGAAUGGCGCGUAAAACUGAAUGAUGGGUCUACGGAGAUAUUAGUGCCGGAAACAAACUUUUUCCGCAGAAUUGGGUUAAGGUUAUGGGGAUCAGUUUCAGAGUUGGUUUUGAGUUGUCAGAGUUUUUUCAAGAAAGCUUGGGAGUUAGGGGUAGAUGAUCCUAGAAAAUUUAUUCAUUGUCUCAAAGUAGGUUUGGCUCUUAUCGUAGUUUCACUUUUUUACUAUAUGAGACCUCUAUAUGAUGGUGUUGGUGGGAAUGCUAUGUGGGCUGUUAUGACCGUUGUUGUUGUCUUUGAGUUCACUGUCGGUUCGACAUUAUAUAAAUGUAUAAAUAGAAUAGUGGGGACUUCUCUUGCUGGUGUUCUCGCUAUAGGUGUCCACUGGGUUGCCAGUAAAUCAGGCGAAAAACUUGAGCCUGUAAUUCUCGGUGCAUCAGUCUUCUUGUUAGUUAUAUCGGCGACUUUCUCAAGAUUUAUUCCUACAAUCAAAGCUCGGUUUGACUAUGGUGCUAUGAUCUUCAUACUCACGUUUAGCUUGGUCUCAGUAUCGGGUUAUAGAGUCGAUAAGUUAUUUGAUUUGGCUCAGCAAAGACUAUCCACCAUCGCCAUAGGAACUGCCUUGUGUCUGCUUGUAAGCAUGCUUAUUUGCCCAGUGUGGGCCGGCAAGGAUCUUCAUGAUCUUAUCAUUCGUAACAUGGAUAAACUCGCUGAUUCAUUAGAUGGAGGUAUAGCCGAAUACUUCACAGAUAACUCAAAUAUGGACGACCAAGACGAAAAGGACUGUCGUAAAAAAUUGCAGGGCUACAAGUGUAUACUUAAUUCGAAAGCCACAGAAGAUUCUUUGGUAAAAGUCGAUCCCAGAACUAAGUUAUUAUCCAUGAAUUUUCC